AUGCUGUAUCUUCUCUGGGACACAGAAGGACAGUUGGAGACGUUUUUCCGGACUUUUGCCGUAGCGUAUAGUAAAACGAUACACAUGAAUCUACAUAGGACGGAUGCGUACGCAGACUACGAUGGGGAUGCAGUUGAAAAGGAGCUAAAGCGCCGUUUAUGGUGGCACCUCACAAGCACUGACUUGCUUCAUGCUGGCAUUCCCGGCAAGCGUGAGGGCGUGUACAGCAUCAACCCAAACCAAAUAUGCGUUAAAUAUCCUCCCAACCACGAUGACGAUAGCAUCUAUUAUAGAGCAUCCUUGGGCACAGGAGUACCCCUAGACCAACCAACAGAUAUGUGCUAUUUCCUCUGGCGGCUUAAAUUCGCUGAGCUUUGUCGUGAGGUAUUGGAUGCUAUGCAGAAAGUUAAACCUGGCUCUUCCAGUGCCAGCUACGAGCUCACCGUUCAGUUGAGCCAGAGAUACAUGGCGUUCCUGGGCGAACUACCAUGGUUUUUCCGGCCUGAUAUGGGAGCUGAGCUCAAAAUAUCCAGGUUAGCAGUCCAGCGACCAUACAUCCUGCGCCAGAGAACUGCCCUCCUAUUCGGGGUAUUUUCACGGCUAGGUCGCCUGCAUCGCCCGUUUAUUGCCCAGGGCAUGAAGGACUCUAAAUUUGCGACUUCUUACAAAUCGGGGAUAUAUUGUGCGGAGAACUUAUUUAAACUUCGCCAUAAGGGAUGUGGGUGA